AUGAUCUCUCCGCCUCCUCCCUCUCUUCCUUCCCACCUCUUGUUCUUCUUCCGGCCUCUCCGCCCCUGCAUUUUUGUAUCGGCUCCCUACUCCUUCGGUGUUCCUUCCUUCAUCCUCCUUCCCUUGUUGUGGGGUCUGUCGCUGCUGCUGCUCUCUUCGCUCGCCUCUGACAUGGGCUGCCACAAGGUCUUCGGGAUCAACAUGGGCGACAACAAUCAGGGCAACGCCAUAACGCGCGAGGUUGAGGCGUUUUCUUCCAUGUGCCUCCUCUUCCUCCUCCCCCCCUCCCGUCUACGUGUCUACAACCUCAUGCCAGCUCAGGUGAUCACUGCAGAGCCGGAAGCGACAUGGUGGAACUUCAGGCAUGCGCCCUGUUUCCGCGAGACCAUGAUGUACAGCGUCUCCAUCGCGACCUUCUUCGGACUGAUGGACGCGCGCAAGCGAAAAUCAGCGAUCGAUAUCGGAAACAAGACAGUUGCUGUCUUUGUUGUCACAGCGCUAGGAACUUGGUUCUCUUCUGCUGCCUCCUCACCCUGCGCUGUCUUGCCCUGCCUGCUCCUUGCUGCUGCUUGUUGCGAUGCGUGUCGUCGCGGGCUGACGGGGAGGCUGCAGGGGGCUUUGCCGGUGGCAGGCGCUCAGAAAAUGGAGACGCUUGGCCCACAGAACUCCGAGAAGACUGAGGGAGCAUGA